AUGGCCAAUGAUGCCGUCAAAAAGACUGAGAAGAAGAAAAUAAUAUCCACGUGUGGUGAUGCUCUCUUGACCUUCUACGGGAUCGACAGCUUCGACGCUGACACCGGUAUCGCUCUGAGGCAUGGCGAAUACAUCGACGACUCUAACGGUAAAUUCAUUUACAAAGUCUCCAAGCAUGAGACCCAUGACUUCCAUGGGCACACCGGCCCGGCCAUGUCGAAGCAUCUUGAGGAGGGCGAGGGAGGUGCAUUGAUUUGA